AUCUCGGCUCUUCACAGAGCCUCAACUUCAGAGCGGCGACAACAUCUGCGCGAGAGCACACGCAGGAGACCGAGAGAGAGAGAGAGAGGGAGAGAGAGAGAGACAGUCAGUCAGUCUGAGAGGCUUUUCAGAGCAUCAGCAAGGAAAACGAGAUACACGGAGAGACAGGGACGUAAGAAGCGAGACAGCGUGUGUGUCUGCGUGUGUGAGUGUGUGUAUAUAUGAAUGCGAGUGUGUAGAUGUGUGUGUGAAAGUCCGAGGGCACGCUGCCUCCCCGAGGGGGUCGCGAGGGGCGAGGGCUGAGAGGAGGGUGGCUCAACGCUCUCUGCUCUCUCGCCCUGCGCUUCUGCUGCCCCCUCCGCCGCUCCUCGCCACCCCCUGCGCCGCUCAUCUGCCCCUCUCCGCCUGCCCCGCAGCCGCUCCUCUGCCCCCCCUCCCCUCCGUGGUGCGUGUGCAGCAUGGAGCCUGAGCGUGACGUGGCCGAGCCGGAGCGGAGAGAGCGUCCCGAGCCUCUGAGUGGCGUGGAGCGCGCCAUCGUGCAGGACACCUGGGCACGAGUGUACGAGAGCUGCGAGGAUGUGGGCGUGGCCGUGCUCGUCAGGUUCUUCGUGAACUUCCCGUCGGCAAAGCAGUACUUCAGUCAGUUUCAAGACUUGGACGACCCAGAGGAGAUGGAGAGGAGCUCCCAGCUGAGGAAGCACGCGUGCCGUGUCAUGAACGCCAUCAACACGGUGGUCGAGAACCUCCACGAUCCGGAGAAGGUCUCGUCUGUGCUGGAGCUGGUGGGGAAAGCCCAUGCCAUCAAGCACAAAGUGGAACCCAUGUACUUUAAGAUACUAAGUGGCGUGAUCCUCGAGAUUCUCUCCGAAGACUUGGGCGACUGUUUCACAGAAGAGGUGCAGACGGCCUGGACCAAACUGAUGGCACUGCUCUACUGGCACAUCACUGGAGCAUACCAAGAGGUGGGCUGGGUCAAACUCUCCAGCUCAGCAGUCUGAGAACCGGCCUUGCACACACACUGCCACGCAUGGUGCACUGCCCUGCUGCUGAAUAAUCUGAAAAGGAGUGACAAGUUAUUGUCAUAGAAAAAGACUGGUUUUAUCCAAACACACACUCACUACAUCAUCAUUUAUUCUGCUUCUUCUUUAUCGUGUCCUGUCUUUAUUCAACCAAACAACAAUCUUUAUAUUUUGGACAUGCAGGGAUUUGGAGCAGAGCAAAUAGAAAAUAGAAACAAGGAAAUCUUCUUUUAACUCAUCAUUCAUUUUUCCCCCUCCUUUACUUUCCAUUUCUGUUUUGAUGUAAUUAAGGUACAUUUAUAUAACCUUUCAUUCAUACCAGCAAGUGAAGAAAAAAAGCAACCCCUCAAAAUUUAUUUCCACGAACAGUGAUAAAAGACGUUUGAAUUGAAAUAAUCUCAAUUUCAUCCGAAUUGCACUUUUAGAAAAACGGUUUCAUCUAGCACCUAAACGGUUCUUCGGUUGUCCCUCUGGAGGAACCCUUAAUGAUUUUAUGUAGAAGCCUACAACAGAAAAGAAGCUAAGAACCCUUAAUUAUCCAAUGAACCUUAAAGAACCUUUGAAGAACCCUUCUGUGUAUUUGCUGGAGUGUACUUCUCAACAUGCAUCUAUACACUCCAUACAUUCCUUGAUUUGUCCCUCAGGGAGAACCCUUAAUGGUUCUAUGUAAAACACUACAACAAAGUGUUUUCCUAUCAGAAUAGAUUCCUAGUAGAACCCUUUUAUAAGCUAGGGUCUCUUAAUUAUUCAAUGAACCAUUAAAGAAUCCCUAAAGAACUCUUUUUCUAUUUCCUGAGGUGUCUUGGCUACUUAAGUCAGUCCUGACAUUUCAUUUUUCAGGAGGCUCUGAUCUAUACAGUCUAUACGUUCUUUGGUUGUCGCUCUGGGAGAACCCUUAGAGGAUAUAUAUAGAAUCCCACAACAAAGUGUUUUCCUUUUAGAAAAGAAAGUUAAGAACCCUUAAUUAUCCAGUGAACCCUUAAAGAAGCUUGAAAGAACUGUUGAAAAACCCUUCUUUCUAUUUGCUGAAGGAUGUCAGGUACAUUUCCUUUUUUUUUCAGAACGCUCUAAUCUAUACAGCAUGGAUUCCUUAAUUUGUCUCUCUGGGGGAACGCUUAAUGGUUCAAUGCAAAACCCUACAGCAGUGUGUUUACCUGUCAGAAUGGGGUUCCAAGUAGAACCGUUUUUCUUUAUCCAAUGAACCCUUGAAGAACCCAUUUUUCUAUUUGAUUUUCCAAGUGUCUCAAAUACUUCAGUACCUCCGGACCUUUCAUUCUUUGGUUGUCCCACUAGGAGAACCCUUAGAGGAUAUAUGUAGAAUCCCACAACAAGGUGUUUUCCUAUCAGAAAGGGUUCCAUGUAGAAACCUUUUUGGAAGCUAAGAACUCCAUCCAAUAAACCGUUUAAAGAACCCUUAAACCCUAUUUUUACAUUUGCUGGAGUGACUUCAGUACUUAUGUACUUCAGAAACAAUCCUAAAUAGAACCUUAUUUAGAAAUCUAGAACCAUUAACCAUUCUGCAUCUGCUGGAAUUCAGUUACGAUCAUCUCCAGCUAAUUAACAACCAAGACAUAUUUAUACCAAGGGGUGCCAAUAAUUUUGGAGUGGAUUGUACGUGGUGAAGCGAUAAAUCCAUGAUGCUUCUCGGAUCAGUUCUCUACUCCCACAACCUACAUUUAAUGUCCAAUCAACACGUUCAGGACGCAAAAACAUUCUCUGGUUUUUAUGACAGUAUCAAAUCAUUUUUAACAAAAACAAAAAAAUCCAAAAUCUUAUAGAUAUGUGUACAAGAUUUUAGACAUUAUAGUACAAAAAUGCUAAAUAGGCCACACCUGAAAAAUGUAAUGUUACAUCGGUUACCUGUUGCUUGCUGGUGUACGUGAGGGGUAACAGUGCAUUCACUUCAUCCUGGAAUUAUGGUAAUUACAAGAUUAGCAACGUACACAACGGAAAAAUGGAUACAUGAGUCACUAUGAAAGCUAGCAGUGAGCGAAACCAUAUUUUUAAAGAAAGUAGACUAUAUUAUUGAGUAUGAGGUUGCUAGAAAAUGAUAGGGACUGUUCGAUAGACGUACAGAAAUAAAUCAUGUUAAAUCCUAACAUUAAUUUCGUAACACCACUGCCAUUCUUUCAGCCGUCAAAUGUCCGAGCUUUCAGAAAAUCCACCGGGUAAUUAUAGUUCUGCAAAGUCAAAAACUUGUAAUUAUCAUAAUUUACCAUAAUUACAGUGAGCGCACUGUGUGUGUGUGUGUGUGUGUGUGUGUGUGUGUGGUUGUGCAUCACACAGGUAUUGCGUAUCCUAAACAGCCACCAAUAAUGUAUACUUAACGUCUCCCUUGGAUAUUUGUCAGUCAUGAAAUCAGUCAUUCCAAAUUUACACACACACACACACACACACACACACUGCUGCACUCGACACUGUAAUGAGGCUGCAGUAUGGCUUCUGACUGUCCUAACGAUGUGUCCAAAAUAUGAGCGUACUCACUCUCCCCUACACUGGCGAAUCAUGAGCACUAUGUAGCACACUAAUACAGGUAAUGGAAUUAACGCAGGAUUAGCAUCAUCAUCUCGACAUCAUCACGGUACUGUGGACGUGUCCCAAAUUACACAUCGUAUUCAUUACAUAGCGCACAUAAACACCAUAAAAAUCAGUGAACAUCAUAAGGGUGCGGUGGAUGUGUCCUAAACCACAUACCAUAUUCUCUACAUAGGGCAGAUAAACUCCAGCACCAUCUCAAACAUCUCACCAUCUAUCUAAUGUGGCUGUGUCCCAACCCACACAUCAUAUUCACUACACAGGGCACAUAAACACAAAAACAAUGUCUGAACAUUAUUAGUUCAUUAUUCGUGUUCCAAUCCACACACUAUAUACAUAUACAUAUAUAUAUAUAUAUAUAUUCACUAUAUAGGACACAUGUUUUACUAUCUGCCUAAUGGGGACAUGUCCCAAAUCACAUAACGUAUUUACUAUAUAGGGCACUUAAACUCUGUUUGCACCAUCCCAAACGUCCCAUCCUAUAUCUAAUGUCGAAGUGUCCUAAAUCACACAUCCUAUAAUCUAUAUAGUGUGUAUAAAUACCACAACAUACAUAACAUCAAUCCACUGUGGAUGUGUCCCAAACCACACAUUGUUGUCCCUUUUACACACACACACACACACACAAAGUUAACUUAAUACUAACAAUGUGGAGAAAUGGAUGGAAGAAAGGCGUACACUUUCUCUCUCUUACACACACACACACACACACACACACACACACACAAACACACACAUUUAUGGCAUGUCCCAAAUGGCACACUUUGGGGAGAAUGGGUUUUAAAAAUCGAGCACUGAGGCGUAGCAUCAGCACCUUUAGUUUUACCAUUUUUGCGCUAACAUGAGCUAACCUGACAGGAUUUCUGAAAGAAUUUUAAAGUAAUAUUACUUUAAAAAAGCUUCAUAAUGUAGCCUGCUGCUAAAACUAGCUAGUUCACUAACUAACAUAAGAUAGCUAGUGAACUAGCUAAAAAAAAUUUUUAAUAAUAAUUUAAAGUACUAUAAGCUUUACUACUUAUCCUAGUUAGCUGGCUAGAUAACAUAGACUUAGCUGACAGGAUUUCUGAGAGGAUUUUAAGUGAUAUUCAAAAAUAGUAAAUCUUCACUGCGUUACUGGUUAGCUAGCUAGCUUACCUCAGCUAAUCUGACAGGAUUUCUGAGAGGAUUUUAAAGUCAGAUUUAUAGCCCUUUUCAUUAACUAGGUGAGGAAAAAGUCUUUAGUGCUAACACUGGCUAGCACUUCUGACAGGAUUUCUGAAAGGAUAGCUGCAAUUAUCAUGUCAAGUGUCAUCGCUAAGCGAUUUCGGUAAGAGAGUGCUGUUGAGUUCACGUACAUGAUUCGCAAAUGAGGACCGCAAGACUGAAGUGUGCCAUUUGGGACAGGCCCGUAGUCUCACUAGUAGAGCAAUAAACACUUAGCCUAGAGGAUUGACUGUUCUACUGAUGUGUGUGUGUGUGUGUGUGUGCGCUAAUAUUAGGUUAACAUCAAUGAUGCGUUAUGUGAGUCGUUCUGUGUUGGUUCUGUUGCUUUUUCUUUGUGUGUGUGUGCAUGUGUGUGUGUGUGUGUGUGUGUGUGUGGGUUUAGAGCUGAUGUUUGUCUCCAUAGUGAGCUUCUCCUGACAGCUUGUUUAUUAAACACCUCUCCACCAUUCAUCCCUAACUCGCUAAAUGGCAACGUACUGUUCGCUCCCUCUCUCCCUUUCUCUCUCUUUCAACCUCAUAUCUCUCUCAUGCCACCCACCCUGGUGUUCUUUUCAUCUGUAUCUCUCUCUCUUCCUUCUUCUGUCUCAGUGUCUCUCUCCCUUUUUCUUUUUCUGUCUCUCUUUCUCUCUCACUCUCUCUCUCGCUUUGUUUCAGCACCUGUCUCUCUCCAUCUUUAUCUCUCUCACUUUCUUAAGCUUUAUGUCUCUUUUUUUUCUCUUUUUGUCUCUCAAUGUGUCUCUCUAUAUUUGGAUCUCUCUCUCUCUCUCUCUCUCUCUCUCUCCUUCUGUGUCCUGUGUUCCCCUGACAGAUGUUUCCAUUAGCUGGCUGUUGCCCACCUGCUGGGCUCGAGGCCUGUCUCUGUGAAACAUCCUGUGCCAGGUUUUACUGUCAUUACACACACACACACACACACACACACACACUUUCAGCCUCGUACUCUGUACUCUCAAUGUUCCCUCCUGAGUAAGUUCUCGUCUUUUCAAAGCUUGGACUUUAUAUUUUUCUACAUAUGUGAGCGAAAAUGUUUAUCAAUGUCCUGGAAUAUUUAAAUAUGGAUUAAAAUAUGUUGUUUAGGAUUCUCUUUGUAUAUACACCGCUAAUGUUUGACUGUUUGAUGGGGUGGUGACUAGUGCUAAUGAAAAACUAAUGAAUGAGAUGAUCUAAAAUCGACUAUAUGAAUAAAGUUAUCAUGUCCA